AUGCUAUCCAAAAACCAUGACCCGCGCCCUCCACCACCACGAAAUGGCUCUGGCGAAAGAAAGAAAAUGAGGUGUGAAAAACAAAAAAAUCAGAAGGGAAAAAGAAGGAUUGAAUGCUCUGUGCGAGAAGAAAGGGAAGAGGCAAAAGAGGACAUAGGAAUAUGGAAGCAAAGAAAAUUAACAUGGGCAAAAAGGCGUUAG